GUGUGUAACAUACACCAUCAUGACAGGAACUAAUUACAAUGAGAGAAAUGUAUUUGAGGUUUACAGGUUAAUUUUCUUAUAAACUCUGUUCCACUAAAGAUCAGAAACGGUCCAAUCAGAGCUCAGUGAGAGCAGGAAGCUGUCAGUGUUCACUAGACCACUUAUACCUGACUGAGAAGGAAACUGUGGUUCAGAGGAGAAGAGAAUCACUUCAGCUGAGACAUGUCUUCAUCUGUGACAACUACUGUGGGAGGUGUGAUGGUGGUCACCCAUGUGCACCCAGCACCUCAGGGGACUGAACGCCAGCAUGUGGGCAUCCAGAAGUUCAUGAAGGCUUGGCCGCUGGCGCUCGGGACAGUUCAGAUCAUGAUCGGCCUGAUGGUUCUGCUAUUUGGGAUCGCCAUGGUUGUCAAUGCGGAUACACUGGGAGUUUACAGCGGCGCUUUCGUCUGGGGAGCUUUGAUUUACAUCACAGCUGGAUCUCUGACAGUGGCUGCUGGGAAAUCUAAGAACCUGUGUCUGGUGAACGGCGCCCUGGCUCUCUGUGUCAUGGCAGCAGUUGCUUCCUGUAUUGCGACCAUCCUCUACUCUCUGGAUGCUGCAGGACUUUCAAACCGAUGCCGUUACUAUGGCUAUGACUUUGGGUCUGGAAGUUACGGGUGCUAUCUUUAUAAGAUUCGGAUGCAGGGGUUUUCAGGGAUCUUGGUUGUUUUCCAUUUCUUGGAGCUCGUUGUUUCAAUCACCGUCUCAGGAUUUGCCUGCUGCGCUGCCUACAACAGCAGCUCAGAGAAUGGUGAAACACUUACAAGUGUGUGGAUGCAUCCCAUUGACCCGGAAAUCGAUCCAGUCCGCCAUCAUGAAGGACGCUCCAGUGUUCUUAUUUCUGCUCCAGGGACAGAGGCAGGAGAAAACAUGAGACCAGAAUUCACUGAAGUCUUUUAUCAGACCAACACAGCCCUUAAUUAGAAACCUGUCAGAGACUGGAUGCUGUUGGAGCUGCAGUUAAGAAGCAGUUGGAGGCCCUGUCUUCAAAAAUGUCUCGACUUGAAUAAACUGGGUUUAUUAGAUUGUGAUCAUAUGUGCAUUUAAUAUUAUCAAUAUAUUAUCAGUUAACAGAGAUUCACCGUUUGUGUUUGUCUUGUAGCCGCCAUCAUUCGUUGUUGUACCUGGAGAUGUUGCAGUGACUCCAUAUGCUCCGCCCAGUGUCCAAACACCACUUCUCUCAGCUCCUCCCACAGGUCAGGUCAAAACUGUGAAGUUGUGAGUACAUGUGGUACUGUCAGGUUCAGGUUCAGCAGGAAAUUACAGUCCUUAUUUCCAGCUACAAAUGCCAGGUUUCGCUAAAAGCCCAGAAGAUCCAACAGCUACAGCCCCGACUGAGCCUCCAGCCUACGAUGCUGUCAUCAACUGAAGAGUCCUGAUAGACCUUCCUGUUCUGAUUAACCUGACACCACUAAGGCCAAUCAUCUCCCCAGGUCUCUUUAGAUGCACGCUUGUAAGCCAUGUAUUAACAUGCUCUUUUAAUGUUAACUGAAACCUAACGUGUGAUGAAAAUCUGAAGUAAAUGUGUCAUUCCUAAACUGGCACAACAAAAAUCUAUGUUAAAC